AUGAAAAUUCAGGAGAAGAACAAACCAGAGAUUUUCGAGACAAUACGAAAUACAUUUAAUGUCGAUGAACGGGUACAACAGGAGACGUUGAAACAGAUCAAGACGAGCAUACUCGAGGGGAGCAGUAAAUGGAGUGCGAAGAUUACCUUAACUGUUAUCUGUGCUCAAGGAUUAAUCGCUAAAGACAAGACCGGUAAAAGCGAUCCGUACGUUACUGCACAGGUCGGCAAGGUGAAAAGGCGAACACGAACAAUUCAUCAAGAACUGAAUCCUGUAUGGAAUGAGAAGUUUUUCUUCGAGUGCCAUAAUUCCACGGAUCGUAUCAAAGUUCGUGUGUGGGACGAGGACAACGACCUGAAAUCGAAACUGCGACAAAAGUUGACGAGAGAAAGCGACGAUUUCCUUGGCCAGACCGUUAUCGAGGUUCGAACCCUCUCGGGUGAAAUGGACGUUUGGUAUAAUCUGGAAAAGCGUACGGAUAAAUCGGCUGUGUCGGGUGCGAUUCGAUUGCAUAUAUCUGUUGAAAUCAAAGGAGAAGAGAAACUUGCUUCGUAUCAUGCGAUGUGUGUUGAGAAUGACGAGAUUCGAUUGCCUGAUGCAAAAGGAGAAGACAGUUGGAAAGUCUACUUUGAUGAUGUUGGCCAGGAGAUCGUUGAAGAAUUUGCUAUGCGUUACGGUAUUGAGAGUAUUUAUCAGGCAAUGACACAUUUUGCCUGCCUUUGUACGAGAUACAUGUGUGUUGGAGUGCCUGCAGUGCUUUCUACGUUGCUUGCCAAUAUAAAUGCCUUUUAUGCGCACACUACGGCUACUUCGGCUGUGUCGGCGUCGGACAGAUUUGCCGCGUCGAAUUUCGGCAAGGAGCGUUUCGUGAAGCUUUUGGACCAGCUUCAUAAUAGUCUUCGGAUAGAUCUUAGUAUGUAUAGG